AGUCUUCGCACGAGCUGUCAGUGUGAGCCAGGCAAAAUGGCCGAAACCGAGAGGAAGGGUGUGCAAAGGCGCGGAGCUUUACGCCAGAAAAAUGUGGCUGUUAUUAAGGACCAUAAAAUGGUCGCAAGGUUUUUCAAACAACCAACAUUUUGUGGACAUUGCAAGGAUUUUAUAUGGGGAUUUGGCAAACAGGGAUACCAAUGCACAGUAUGCAGUUUUGCUGUGCACAAGCGGUGUCAUGUAUACGUGUCAUUCCAGUGUCCUGGCAUGGACCAGGGACCAGAUUCAGAUGCUACAAACAAUCACAAGUUCAAAGUUCACACAUAUGGCAGCCCAACUUUUUGUGACCAGUGUGGUUCACUUCUGUAUGGACUUCUUCACCAAGGCUUGAAGUGUGAGGUAUGUGAUAUGAAUGUUCACAAACGAUGUGAAAAGAACACGCCGAAACUUUGUGGGAUUGACCAUACGGAGCGACGAGGGCGAAUUCUUCUCAAGGUCUACGUACAAGGGGAUAGAUUGAUCACUGAAGUUCAUGAAGCGAAGAACCUCAUCCCCAUGGACCCUAACGGUCUGGCUGACCCUUACGUGAAGGUAAAACUAAUACCCAGUGAGGAGAACUCAAACAAGAAGAAGACGAAAACAAUCAAAGCCACGCUAAAUCCAGUUUGGGACCAGAAAUUUGAGUUCACCCUGGCACCUGAUGACUUCUCAAAACGUGUCUCACUUGAGAUCUGGGACUGGGACAGGACCACACGCAAUGACUUCAUGGGCGCGUUAUCUUUCGGGAUUUCGGAGAUCAUUAAGGAGCCCGCAGAGGGAUGGUUUAAGCUGCUCAGCCAGGAAGAGGGAGAGUUUUACGGGAUGCCAGUUGUGGACGAUGUCACUGCUAAUAUUCAGAUUGCUCGCGCAAAGUUUGAGGAGACAAAGAUUGACCGGCGGCCUGAACCAGUGGACUUGCCUCAAAACAUGAGCAAGCAGGACAUUGUCCGAGCCUCAGACUUCAACUUCCUCACAGUGCUUGGCAAGGGCAGCUUUGGCAAGGUGGUGUUGGCUGAGCGGAAAGGCACAGAUGAACUUUACGCAAUCAAGAUCCUGAAGAAAGACGUGAUAAUCCAAGAUGACGACGUGGAAUGUACGAUGAUAGAGAAACGUGUCCUUGCCUUGCCCAGCAAGCCACCAUUCCUUGUUCAGCUCCAUUCCUGCUUUCAAACUAUGGACCGUUUGUACUUUGUGAUGGAGUAUGUCAAUGGUGGUGACCUGAUGUUCCGAAUACAGGCGGAGGGAAAGUUUAAAGAACCAGUCGCAGUGUUUUAUGCUGCUGAAAUUGCAAUAGGUUUAUUCUAUCUGCACAAGCAAGGUAUUAUAUAUAGAGACUUGAAGUUAGAUAAUGUAUUACUAGAUGCGGAGGGUCACGUGAAGAUCGCAGACUUUGGGAUGUGCAAGGAAGGCAUCCUUGGCGAGAAAACUACAAAAACGUUCUGUGGCACUCCAGACUACAUCGCUCCGGAGAUUGUGUUAUACCAGGCGUAUGGGAAGUCGGUAGACUGGUGGGCGUAUGGUGUGCUGCUAUAUGAAAUGCUGGCUGGACAGCCUCCAUUUGAUGGUGAGGAUGAGGAGGAGCUGUUUACGUCCAUCACUGACCACAACGUCUCAUAUCCCAAGUCCAUGUCUAAGGAGGCCGUCUCAAUCUGCAAAGGGUUGUUAACGAAAAACCCUGCAAAGAGACUGGGCUGCGGUGUACAUGGGGAGCGGGACUUCAAGGACCAUUUGUUCUUCAAGAGAAUCAUCUGGGAAAAGAUCGAAAACAGGGAGGUACAGCCUCCAUACAAACCUAAGAUUCACGAUCCAAAGAAGGCUGAGAACUUUGACAAGAUGUUCACAAAGUCAGCGUUCAAGCUCACUCCAACAGAUAGUCUUGUUAUAAUGAACAUUGAUGAGAGUGCCUUCUAUCGUUUUUCCUAUUGCAAUCCUUUCUACAGGCCUCUACCAAGUUCGCUCUCCCAUCACUCAAUGCACCUUUAGCUUCACAAUCAUGUACAAACUGGCAUUGCUGUGCAUGUGUUAGCCACAAGCAACUCAUGCAACUUACAUGGAAAAUUUGCUCACUUAUUUAGAGCAUUAUAUAAACAUUAUAGCUUCAUGUCAAUUGUAUAUCUAUAUAUAUAUAUGUGUUAAUCUUUACAAGUUUUGUGCUGUCAACAACCUUAUCUCUUGUGAUUUAUUUAUGAAUGUAUGUACCAUAUUUAAAAACAUGACUGUGUGGAGUGUGUUUACCCAAAGAAAGGAAACAACCUUUUCUGGAACCAGAAGGAGAAAUACAUCCUUGAAGAUUGAAGGCAAUGGAAACAUGGGACAAAUUGUAAUGUUAAUGUAUAGCUGUGGGUUCUGCCAGUUCUGUUGCAAUACCUUUAUUGGUUGAGAGUCAUGUUGUGUUACAUGUAACCCCCCAGUUGAUAUUGUAGUAAGAACAUUCAUGGAGUUGUUACCCCUUGUUGCACCAAGCAUUUAAAUAAAAAAAGCAUUUAUUUGGCCACGAUUCUUUGGCUGAUUUAGAAGGUCAUUAUUCUGUUUAGGGUCAUCUGAUGUGUAGGUGUACAGUCUUUGAAAAAUACAAGUUUAGAAGUUAAUUAAAAAAUCAUAAUACACUUACAUAUGUAACCUUGGUAAUUGUUUAACCAUUUUGUUUAGUUUGAUUCUGCAGGAUAGCUUUUCUGAGCAUUUGCAUUACACCUUUAAGAACUUAAAUUAAUGAUAAUAUGCUUGUGUUUUUUCUCUUCAUUUGUUUGUUUUUUCCUGCCUGGUCGAUAGCUUUUGAAAUAGGAACCUGAAGUUAAACAAAGAAUCUUUUAUGAAUGGCCUCAUGCAUCAACUGUUUUCAGACUAUAGAUUUCAGUUCAUGGCUAUUACCAUACCAAUUGAAUGUUUCGUUCUUCAGAUUUUCUUUGAGUAAAAUUGAAGUUGGCAAGAGAGAGAAAAAAAGAUUUAUCCAGUACCCUAGAAUGAAACAUAAAUUUAGUGUGGCCUACCUAAUCAGCUAAAAAAUGACAUGAUAGUUGUUCUUGCUGUGAAAUAUAUAUUUCAUAUCAUCAAUUAGUGACUGUUAUAGCUCAUAUUGAUGCAAAAGCCAUUAUUGAAGAUAGAUUUUGGACUGUUAAUGCUUGAGUGGGAUAAUUGUUUUACACAGUUAAAGUCUGUUUAAUAAUGAAUAAAGUAGAUUAUAUAUUUAAUAUUGACAUUGCCAGUUGUACUUAUUCAAUUCUAGGACUCUACAGGCAUUCCAUACUGGACAGUCAUUAUGUAGGAAAGUGGAUGAUACUUCUAUUAAUAUAAUGUAUUUAUCAUGUAUUUUGCCACCAUUUGUAUUGGUCUAAUAAGACUGUUAAACUGUUUAUUUUUUUAAAAAGUACAUUCAAACCUAUAAAUACCGAAUUGAUUUUUAAUUGUUAAAUUUCUUGUGUUUUGUUACUGAAUGUCAUAUAACCAGACUAUUUUCAAACUGUCUGCUUUCUUUACAUACAAUGAUAUAUAUUCAAAAGAUGUGGGGAAGAAAAUUUUGCAAGGUUAGUAGAAAAGAUAAUAUAGUUUUCCCAAGUGUGUUGAACAAUAGUAUAUAUGAAAUAUUAUAUCCACAAUAAUGUAAAUGUUUAUCAACUAUUAUACACAUACAUUGUAAAAUAUAAAAAAAAUGUUUUUAAUAACUUAAAGUAUAAAUAUUAUUUUUAUAUAUUGUAUUAAAUUGACAAAGUGUAAUUAUAUUUCAUGUUCAAAAGUUUUUACACAUAUAAUAAAAUUGUGCAAUAUAAAUGGAAACUUGUCUGCCUAUAGUAACAACAUGGACAUUUUUAUUCACACACAUAUCCAAAACAAUCAUUUUAAAAUUCAUGACAUUUAUUUGGAGCACUUGUAUCAAAAUAGAUAGUCUCUAUAUUCAAAGUGCAUACUAUUUUACAUAUGUUUUACAUAUUUUCUUUAUCAUAUAAUCAGAAUUUAUUAUAUUGUUGAAAUGUAGAUUUUUAUUGGAAUUAUAAUCCAUUUAUUUUUGCCAUAUUUGUUAGUUCUCUGGUUGCCAAAUGUCGCUGUUGUCUUUUUCCUCUACACCGCACAUUAUAUAUAAUACUAAACAGCUGUUACAUACACACAUAUAUUUCAGGCGAGACAUUAGAUUAUGAAGGGUCGUUCAGUUUGAAUGUGACUGAAGCUUUAGAAAGAGAGCCAUUACAUUAUAAUGCGUCGUUCAGUAUGAAUGUUACUGAAGCUUUAGUAGGGGUGGCAUUACAUUAUGAAGGGUCGUUCAGUAUGAAUGUUACUGAAGCUUUAGAAGGGGAGCCAUUACAUUAUGAAGGGUCGUUCAGUAUGAAUGUGUCUGAAGCUUUAGAAGGGGAGGCAUUACAUUAUGAAGGGUCGUUCAGUAUGAAUGUGUCUGAAGCUUUAGAAGGGGAGGCAUUACAUUAUGAAGGGUCGUUCAGUAUGAAUGUGUCUGAAGCUUUAGAAGGGGAGCCAUUACAUUAUGAAGGGUCGUUCAGUAUGAAUGUUACUGAAGCUUUAGAAGGGGAGCCAUUACAUUAUGAAGGGUCGUUCAGUAUGAAUGUGUCUGAAGCUUUAAAAGGGGAGGCAUUACAUUAUGAAGGGUCGUUCAGUAUUAAUGUGUCUGAAGCUUUAGAAGGGGAGGCAUUACAUUAUGAUGGGUCAUUCAGUAUUAAUGUUACUGAAGCUUUAGAAGGGGAGCCAUUACAUUAUGAAGGGUCGUUCAGUAUGAAUGUGUCUGAAGCUUUGGAAGGGGAGGCAUUACAUUAUGAAGGGUCAUUCAGUAUGAAUGUUACUGAAGCUUUAAUAGGGGUGGCAUUACAUUAUGAAGGGUCGUUCAGUAUGAAUGUUACUGAAGCUUUAGUAGGGGUGGCAUUUCAUUAUGAAGGGUCGUUCAGUAUGAAUGUGACUGAAGCUUUAGUAGGGGUGGCAUUUCAUUAUGAAGGGUCGUUCAAUAUGAAUGUGACUGAAGUUUUAGAAGGGGAGGCAUUACAUUAUGAAGGGUCGUUCAGUAUGAAUGUUACUGAAGCUAUAGAAGGGGAGCCAUUACAUUAUGAAGGGUUGUUCAGUAUGAAUGUGUCUGAAGCUUUAGAAGGGGAGCCAUUACAUUAUGAAGGGUCGUUCAGUAUGAAUGUGUCUGAAGCUGUAGAAGGGGAGCCAUUACAUUAUGAAGGGUCGAUAUUGAAUGUGUCUGAAGCUUUAGAAGGGAAGGCAUUACAUUAUGAAGGGUCGUUCAAUAUGAAUGCUACUGAAGCUUUAGAAGGGGAGGCAUUACAUAAUGAAGGGUCAUUCAAUAUGAAUGUUACUGAAACUAUAGAAGGGGAGGCAUUUCAUUAUGAAAGGGUCGUUCAGUAUUAAUGUGUCUGAAGCUUUAGUAGGGGAGGCAUUACAUUAUGAAGGGUCGUUCAGUAUUAAUGUGUCUGAAGCUUCAAUAUAUUUAAGUAAGAGAAACUUAAUACUGGCUUAUAGUGUCACAUAGGGAGAUGCUCUCAAUUAAGGAAAUGAUAAUUGUUUGUGUGGCACUUUCAAUUAUUUAUACAUGUUUAUGAGCUGGGCUAUAGUGGAUUCUAUUACAAAAGAUGUAAGAAAUCUCUGCACAUGUUAGGAACCAAUCUGAAUUAAAAAAAAGAUUUGCCCAGCUAGAUGAUUAUAGCUUCCUGGUGUUAUGUAGAUUCAGAAGUCAGAUAUUCACUUUGCAGUGUAUCUGGAGUCCUAAACUCAAUGUUUUUCGACCCAUUAUCCCCAAAUAUGUGCAUCCUAGGGAUGCUUUUUAGCUCACCUUGAGCAAUUCGUGCUCAUUGUGAUCCCCCUGUGUCUGUCAUCGGUCGUGGUCGUCCGUCGUCAACAAUUUGACUGUUAACAGUUAAGAGGUCACAAUUUGGGCACCAUCUUAAUGAAAGUUGGUCAGAAUGUUACCCUCAAUAAAAUCUUGGAUGAGUUCGAUAUUGGGUCAUCUUGGGUUAAAAACUAGGGCACCAGGUCAAAUUAAAGGAAAAGCUUGUUAACACUACAGAGGUCACAUUUAUGACUGUAUCUUCAGAAAACUUGGUCAGAAUGUUAAUAUUAAUACUCUCUAGGUCAAGUUCGAUUCUGGGUCAUGUGCGGUCAAAAACUAGGUCACCAGGUCAAAUUGAAGGAAAAUCUUGUUAGCACUCUAGAGGUCACAUUUAUGACUGUUUGUUCAUGAAGCUUAGUCAAAAUGUUUAUAUUAAUUAGCUCUAGGCCAAGUUCGAAUCUGGGUCAUGUGCGAUCAAAAACUAGGUCACCAGGUCAAAUUAAAGGAAAAGCUUGUUAACACUCUAGAGGUCACAUUCAUAAAGGUUUCUUCAUGAACGUUGGUCAGAAUGUUAACAUUAAUUAUCUCUAAGUCAAGUUUAAAACUGAGUCAUGUGCGGUCAAAAAACUAGGUCAUAGGUCAAAUCAUAGGAAAAGCUUGUUAGCACUCUAGAGGUCACAUUUAUGACUGUAUCAUCGGGAAUCUUGGUCAGAAUGUUUGUAUUGAUUACCAUUUAGUCCAAGUUCGAAUCUGGGUCAUGUGCAGUCAAAAACUAGGUCACCAGGUAAAAUUUAAGAAAAAGCUUGUUAACACUCUAGAAGGUCACAUUUAUAACUGUAUCUUAAUGGCAGUUGGUCAGAAUGUUUAUAUUAGUAAUCUCUAAGUCAAGUUUAAAUCUAGGUCAUUUGUGGUCAAAAACUAGGUCAUUAGGUCAAAUCAUAGGAAAAGCUUGAUAGCGCUCUAGAGGUCACAUUUAUGACUGUAUGUCCGUGAAAAUUAGUCAGAAUGUUUAUAUUGAUUAGCUCUAGGCCAAGUUCGAAUCUGGGUCAUGUGCGGUAAAAAACUGGGUCACCAGGUCAAAUUAAAGGAAAAGCUUGUUAACACGCUAGAGGUCACAUUUAUAAAUGUUUUAUGAAAGUUGGUCAGAAUGUUAAUAUCAGUAAUCUCUAAGUCAAGUUUAAAUCUGGGUCAUGUGUGGUCAAAAUCUAGGUCAUUACGUCAAAUCAUAGGAAAAGCUUGAUAGCACUCUAGAGGUCACAUUUAUGACUGUAUGUCCAUGAAAAUUAGUCAGAAUGUUUAUAUUGAUUAGCUCUAGGCCAAGUUUGAAUCUGGGUCAUGUGCGGUAAAAAAAUUUUAGGUCACUAGGUCAAAUAAUAGGAAAAGUAUUUUAACACUCUAGAGGCCACAUUUAUGACCAUAUGUUCAUGGAACUUGAUCAGAAUGUUAUUGUUGAUGAUCUUUAUUGGAUCAGGUGAGCGAUUCAGGGCCUUCAGGGCCCUCUUGUUUAUGUAAUAUGUGUAGAAAUCAAUACUUUGGACUCCUGAAUUAUGGUAUGGGAGCCUCAAGGGAUGCACUUCAGUAUAUCUUAAAAUGAAUGCAUGAAAAGUACAUGCAUGCUAAUGAAGGCCAACCCAAGGUCAGCUAGCCCUCAUUUUAAAAUUAAUUUGUUUUAGUUUAAAUUCUUUAGUACACAAAACCUGGCUAUUGCUUCAGUUGUGAUUCAUACUGAAUACCCUUUUCAGACCCCUUAGGCCACUGGCUUUGUGGUCUUGCUAUCUGUCUGAACUAGCUUUCCAGUAUGAUAUGUGCACAUUUUCUUGGAAAACACUGAUUCGUUUCCACAUAUAAUUUGUGAUAAAAUGUUAAUGGCAAACAUUAUUUUCAUGAUUACUUAAGGUAUCUUUUCAUUAUCAUGUUUGUUUGUGUUAAGAUUUGGGUUUUGCCAAUGUGGUUAUCUAAAUCUUAUCACUGAUGUAAUCAGGGCUCAUGCAGAAUCAAGUUCUAGUACAUAGUAGAUCAUUGUAUCAUCAUAUUGUCAUGUUUAUUUUUGCAUACCAAACGUUUGUUUUUCGGUCUAGUGACCAGUGCUGGAAAACCCCAUCUUAUACCCCCAUGCAAGAUGAGUCAUGCAAAAUAACAGCCUACUUCUUAUUUCUUUUAUUUUAUGGUUUAUGUAAAGUAUCACAAAGAACAAUCAAUUGUAUAAGUAUGCAAGACUUUUGAUUAAAUUAGAAAAUACAUAAUCAGCAAAAAAUAUGAUUGUUAGAUGAACUAUUGAACACCUAUAGUGAUCUUAAUUUAAUACGCUUCAUGAUGUCAUUAAACAACUUUGCACAUGCUUUUUGUUGAAAUGUACCAAAAUGCUUUUUCUAAAUCAAUUUUUCCACAAAAUGAUAUAUUUUGGUAUGCAAAAAAGUAUAAAUCAUUGAUUGUCCAGUCCUGAUCGUAAAAUCUGACCCUCGGGCAUGCUGUGUUGCUGGGUUUUCAGCAAGCCUUGUUACCAUCUAAAGCGUGUGCCCACAGUUCGGAUUUUUUGCUCCAGACCGGUAAAACAUGAUAGAUACUUAUAUUCUCAUGAAGUAAGUGAAAGAUGAAAAUCUUGCCUGAAAUGAUUUGUAAGUUGUAAGACCAUACAGUUGAGGUGCCAUGUAAACUAGCCAGAAUACUAUGCUAUUUAUGCUACUGGACUGGUCCUCUUUCUCUUAAUAUUACUUUUGUAAGGAUUAGCUGUUUCAUUGCAAAAAGUGGUUUUACAGGUCAAAACAUGAAUACCCUAUUGGUAUCUACCUUAGUAUCAGAAUGAACUUGAUCAUGGUCACAAUGACAUCUGCAUGAGCCUUGUCACUAAACAUUUUGUCUUCAUCUUUCCAGAUCAUGCUCAGUGCAACAUCUUCUUUUUCUUUUGUUAGCAAUGAAAUCUCAGCUUACUUUUAUGAGAUCUACAUGUGUUCUAUUCAUAUUUCUUCCAUAGUCAGCUUAUAAAUGCAUGACAUUAUCUUUGUUCUCUUUUUUUUUCAAAUUUUGAAGUAUAAUAAAUAACAAUGAAUGGG